AUGAUGACCACUGAUGUGGAAAUCGAGUGGCAACUCUUUAUGAGUGGCAUACUCGAGGCUGCCGCCGAAUGCUGCGCAUUGAAACAGCUUGGCCUGCCGCCCAGAGGUCAGAAACAAAUUUCGUACUGGACGCGAGAGGUGCAACUGACAGUGAAAGAGAAGACCGCAUUAAAGCAAGGAGCGCUCAACUCGCAUGCAGUAUGUAGAAGCGCACAAAGCGGCAGACCAACCUACAUUCCUAAGAGAUGUUUGGUGACGUGUUGGAGUCGAAUUUCCAGACUGCAAACGAUUCUGCAUUCUGCAUUCUGGCAGACCGUCCGCCGGCUCGGAGAUGAAAAGAAAUGCAUUCUAUGA